CACAACUUGAAAGUCAGAUGUUUCUGUAGGGUGGAAAUUUGAAGACAAUAAAUAAUAUCUGAGUUAAAACAAUGAAGCGGGAUGGUGACUGAAUAAAGGAAAUAUGAGCGAGGCAAGUCAUUUAUGAACCAUGUAUUUAUUCAGAUGUCCUUGCAGUGAGUCAUACAUGUCACUCUAAGUAGAGCACCAUGUAUGCGGAGUGGGCCUCACUUCAGGAUGAUAUUCAGUGUGACAAGGCCAAUCAGAGUGUUCUACACAAGUUUCCUCCCCUUGUUGGCAGAGAUGUGGCUUUUACUGUCGUCAAGCACAUCGCAUCUAGUAUCAAUCUUGCAGCAAACAACUCGGAGCCAUCCAACCUCAACACUGACAAAGAUGUUAAAUGGGCCAUGGAGGUUCUAUGUUUUGGUCUGAGUCUACCGUUGUCUGAACAUGAGACAAUCAAGGAGUGCGUUCUUGUUUACUUUGAGUGGUUGUCAGCAUGCACAUCCCCUAAAAUAUGUGUUCCGCGACCAGUAAAGGAAAAUCCAAAUCCAUAUGCACAGGAUAUGAUACAUCAUCUGCUCAACCUUUUUGUGCCACGUCCUGGCUCUGGUGUUGACUUGGUGAAGCGACAGGCACUGCUCUGUCACCGAGUUCUCAGAUGUAUCGAAGAUGUUGCUGAAAAGUCCAAUGUGUUGACAAGAGACACCUGGGAAACAUUACUAAGGUUUCUCCUGGCAGCCAACGACAGUUUACUGUCUCCACCAACGGAGAAAGACGAUACAGGACUGACCUCAUAUGACAUUGGCGACCACCUCUGUGAAAGAGUGCUCAGUGUACUGUUUGAAAUGUGGCUCCUGGCAUGUCACAAGUGUUUCCCGUCACCUUCACUAUGGAAGACGUUCCGUAACAUGUGUGUCAACUGGCGCCACCAUGAAGCCUUGGUCACACAGUGGCACAAAGUCAACCAUAACCUUACUUCCCGUCUACUCAAAAUUAUGUAUGGUGCCAACUAUCCAGAACUCCAACUUAACGAGACAGAGAGCCAGUUUAUCUCCCCUGAUAUGACAGAUGACUGUGUGGCACAGUGCUGGUUUCGUUUUCUACACAUAAUACAGAACCCUGUUGACCUGUGUCACCCUGAAAUUAUUGGUGGCACACCGAAGUUCCUACAGCUUCGCUCUGGAGAGGGACUUGAUCCUACACAACAUGAAUGUUUACAGAAACUGCCUUACAUUUUCUACAAGGCAAUGAGAGGCAUUUCCAUCUUAAUCAAUGCAUUUCUAGGCAUAUCUCAGUCACUGAAAGCAGAAGAAGAAAUGACACAACCUCCUCCCAGUAACCGUCACUCAGUCACAGUGCCCCCUGUAACCCCUCCCGGACAGAGAAAAUCCACAAGACCCAUGUCUGUAUUGGCUGGAACUCUGUCACAGAAAGGAUCCUCAAAGUCAUCAUCAGUAACGACCAAAUCUGCAGUUCCACCUCCAUCAAACUUCCCAGGCCAGCUCCUGCUGGAUUCCCGCCAGCCCCUGGCUCCAACUCGGCCUCGUUGUAACAGUGUCCUACAUUUAUAUGGGGCCUGGCUUUUUGAUGCAGCUUUGGCAAGAGUUCGUCUUUUGGCUUGUCACAGAGGACCUACCGUCAAUGCUCGUGCAGAUCGAAGAACAAACUCCUUCACUGACACAAGGCAGGGUUCCAUUUCCCUGGACUAUCAUUCCGAUCUGAGUUUAUCAGUAGACAACACAUAUGAGACUGGGCGAGCAGAGGCUCUGGGUGCACUCUGUAGGAUAUUUUGUGCACACAAGACAGGAGAGGAAAUCUUGCCAGUCUAUUACUCACGGUUCUAUAUAGCCAUGUAUUACGGUCUACAAACAUCAGACAAUAGCCUGAGUGGUCAGGUACUGGCCAGUAUCCUGUUUAACUCUUGUGACCUGUUGCGUGUAGACCUAGAUGGUGUACAGAUUCUGGUUCCAUACAUACUUGAUGCUCUGCAAUUGAUUCUUAGUGACCAGUCUACCAGACUCAAACUGAGUGACUCAAACGUUGACUGCCAUAAUGUCGAGCUGCGCCGUUCCUGUAUACAGCUCCUGUUGUCCCUGCUCUGUCUACCUUUACACUUCAAAGACCUUGAAAUUAAUGAUAUUGUGUCAGGUCCUGAAACCCCAGUACAGAGCAUCACCUUUAUCUCACUGAAGAAGAAGAUCAUGGAACUGUUGCUGAAGGCUCUGUACAAUGCCAAGGAUCCCACCAAUACUCAGAUGUUGUUAGGGGGCCUGAUGCUGAUCGUACAGGACUUGGCUAUGUGUGAGGGGGUGGAGCAGACAACACUUCAGCCACAGCACGAUACAUCUGGAGAUUCCGACUCACACGGAGACACUAGUCGGACCAGCAUGACCUCCAUGUCCUCGGACUCCAGUUACCACGAGUCAUCAUACCAUCGCUUACCGCUAACUUCUCAGGAUCUUGAGACCGCCUAUGGUCUUUUUGGUGACGCCACAGCCCUGGUUUGCCACCGUCUAAUGGCUUCAUGGAAAACUGACCUGAACACGGCUUUAGCGGCUAUGGAACUUCUUGGUGGCCUUGCUAAAGUAAACAUCAACCCUCCAAAUCUACUCAUGUGUAAACGCACGGUUAAAUGGAUAUGUGAGUUCAUUGUGUAUCAGUGUAGUCGCCCUGCCCCCUCACACUCCCGAGACCUUCAUUCAAUGAUUGUGGCGGCAUUUAAGUGUCUAACUCUGUGGCUGGUUGAACAUAGCCGUCUGAUGUACGACAAGGAAUGUCUUAUCAACGUCCUGGAGGUGGUGGAACUCGGCAUCUCUGGCUCAAAGUCACAGAAAGUGACAGGAGAGAAUCAUAAUGUGUCCGUUAAGGAUGCAAAAACUGUGACAACACAGAAUCGAGCCAGUGAUCCCCCAAAAUUCAAGGGAGAAAAGCAGUUAAUGCCUGCGUCUAUGAGGGUGAAAGAUGCAGCAGAAUCAGUUCUCACCAGUAUCAUUCAACAUGUGGGAGCCUUCCCCCCUCCAUGUGGACCAGAGUCUUUAUUUUCCUUGUUGGAUGAAAAAUCACUUCUGAAGUACUGCAAAGGUGUAGGAUUUUCAGAACAGGCAUCACCCUUCCGAUAUUUUGUCCUGGAGAACUCCAUCAUUGUCGGGCUGCUGGAGCAGCCUCUCGGAAAUGUGGAGGAUCCACUACCAAAUGUGACAGCACUGAUACGAGGACCAUUUGGGAGACAUGCUUGGACCAUGCAACUAAGGCAUUCUCCCAGAAAUAAAAAUGUAAACGCCAAAUCACAUCUGAGUGACCCUGGACGACCUCUGCCGAUGGAAAAUGUUGGAAUUCAUCACAAUGUAAAGCACCGACAUUUUCCAGAGUCUGUUGACAAAAUCCCUCUUACUCAGGCAGAUAAGAGUAUCCCGACUCUUGAAUCUCUGGUGACUGAGAAGGAACGAGCAAACCUGACCAAGCUCAAGUCCUUCAUUGAGAAACAGGUGCAGUUUGAAAACCAGAUCAGCAGUCGCAGCAAACAGGACCUCUCCAAGUCAAAGUUCCCAAACCCUGAUACAGAGUGUAAACCUCCAAAAGUGACUCAGGAGUUCCAGACAGCAAGGCUGUUCCUGUCUCACUAUGGUUUCCUUUCUCUGGAGUCUCUUAAGGAACCCAAGAACAGCAGUAUUCCUCCGGCCCUCGUAAUGCUUGAUACAACCAACUCAGGCCUGUUUACAGACCUAGAAAGUCUGGAUACAGUUACUGCUCGAGAUAACGACACUGUUCACAUAUUCUAUGUGAAAUCUGGCCAGAAACUACCACAAGAAAUACUGAAUAAUGUGACUUCCCGAAACAAUGUCCAGCCUCAAUUCCUGGAAUUUCUGCAUUCACUCGGCUGGCCAGUGGACAUUAGGAAGCAUGCAGGAUGGACAGGUCACAUUAGCACCAGCUGGAAAAUAACAGAACCGGACGACCUUGAUGAGGGCGAGUUUCAGCUGGGGACAGGCGGGUGUAUCUAUGACGGGCGACAACAGGUUCUGUACUGGGCCGACGUAUCAUCAGAAGUGGCCUUUGUUGUCCCCUCCAUAGAAACCUACAAUACAAAGAUGUUGUCUGUUGACUCCAGUGGAGAGCGGUCUCCGUUAUUUCCUCACCACCAAAUGGAGAAGCAGGGAUCUGAACCUACGCACAAGCCCAAGUCACUGUCCCUAGAGCGUACCCUCACUUCGGAGGUCGGAGACAGAAUCCGAGGGGAUAGAGAAAGUCCAAGCUCUCCACAGGAACCACCACCAGUACGCUUCCGUAAUCAACGCCGUCAACCAGCACAUAUGAUUGGACCUGACACAAAAAUGUUUGUUGUAUGGCUGGAGAAUUUUGAGGACCAUGAUAAUUUCCCUACAGGAGAAUUACUUGGAGUGACCAGUACAGGGAUGGAACACUUCGUAACAACAAGCACUAGUAGUACUAGUUCUACACACAAACUUCAGGAGAAGGACACGUUUAUUAUAUUUAUUCAUGCCCUCAAGAACGGACUGUUCCGUAUUCAUAUGCAGGGUCAGACAAACAGAGUGUCCAUGGCCAUACCUCUAGUGGACGGCAUGGUGGUCAGCAGAAGAGUGCUCGGAACAAUGGUCAGACAGACUUCCAUUAACAUAUGCCGCAGGAAACGACUGGAGAGUGAACUGUAUCAACCUCCCCAUGUCAGAAGGAAACACAGAAUUCAGGAAAUCGUGAAAAACUACCAUCUGAAAAUGUCAGAACCUGAAUUUUAUACAGCACUGUUUCAAGAUGUACCAAAGUGAAGCUUGGACGAAGCCUUACAACAGCGUGUAGAAAUUUUGUUACGUUAAUGAAAGCUUAAUGCCAACGUGUUGUAUAGACAUCUUGCUUUCGGAAUUCUUCGUUAACUAAGUGUUGUGAUGGAGUUUUGUCAUUGUCUUGACCAGUUAAACUUGUCAAGAUUAACCCAAUGUGCCAAAUUAGGAACAAACUAUGUAGUAAGCUAGGCUGCUUUGAGAAGAAAACCAAUUGAGAUUGUUGGAGAGGGCUUUCUCAAAAUUUCUCUUUGCCAUACCUCUUGUUUAGUGUAUCAAAAAUUAGAUACAAAUCUUAAUGAUGAACUGUGGAAUUUGAUUUUCUGUCACAGAAAUACAUUUUCUUUAUUUGUUGUAAGAUGGUUUUAUCCAAAAGAAAAUCUGAAUAUUUGAUGACAGAUAUAUUGAGAGUAUCAACAAAAAAAGAGAUAACAAGAAGUCUUUUUUUCCAUGAAAGUGCACAAACAGAUUUGUAAAAUACCAGUAGUCUAAUAGCAGGCCUUAAAUUAAGUGGAAUUCGUCUCAGUGCUUGAAAAUUAUCUGCAGGAAAGUAGGUGUCCUUGAAAAGUGGAAUGUAUGUAUAUAUUGUUAUACUGGAGAUAGUUAACAUGUGGUCUUUUCUGUUAGUGAUACUUUCAAAGUUUUGUUAAUGAAAAACUAUUUCUUAAUUAAUGACUCCUAGACUCUCAUGGGCCAAUGAUAUGCCCAGUCUGAAUUUUUUUAUUUCCCAAUUGAUCGAUUUCUUCUUUUAAAAUGGCAUCAAAUCACAAACUCAAAUUGAUGAAAAUAUGCCCUGUUGGUUGAAUUAGUAUAUCUGUGCACAUAGAAAAUAAAAACUCCCAACUCAUUUGCCUGAAAGUACUGAAAAAACUCCAUGUGCUAUGGGUAGAUGACAGAGGGUUUACUAUUCAGAAUAUCUGGUGAAUCUGUUCAAGUUUGGGAAACUUUUUUUCUCCGUCAAUAUUAGCCUGACUAUGACAGGAGCCUGAUGCUGAUAAUGAAGUGUUCAGUUAAAGUUGUGUUCACUCAUGUACACACACCAUCACUUACACACAUACCUACACACAUAUACCAUUCUAUACUCACCUGUACACACAACCGCCCGUUGGCUGGUCAAGUGAUGUGCUUAGUUAUGAAUUCUAUAUUUAUUUUAUUUACAACUUAAAAGACAAUCUACUUAACAUUGUAAUGGAUGAAUGAUUGUUUUUGUAUUUGUCAUUGAUGUUAUUAACGAGAUUCUAGUCAAAACUUGAUGUACAUGACUCGCUUCACUCCCAUAUGUACUGGAGGUAAUUUUGUGGUCAUGUUGAAGAGCAAGGAGUCGUGCUUUAGAGAUAUAGAUAUCAAUUUAGCUGUUUGUGAUAAACUCCAUGCAAUAGUCAUUUCAUUUUCUCAGCAAGAGCAUGUUGUAGCUGGGUUUUUUAUUGUAAUUAUUCUGUGGUAAGCCCAGGGAGCCACCUUACUCACUCAAAGUCAAAGGCUAAGCUUAUUGCAGGACAAUGAAAUAGCAUUUGAUUGUCAGUUUACUAGUAUAACAGCAAUAUAUCUGGAUGGGCUUAUUACUAGAUAUGGGCUUAUUACUGGAUAAAUAUAUAUUAAUUACAGAAGCAGUUCCAUUUCUGAUAUGGAGUCAUUGCCUCUAGUUAUAUCUUACUAUUGUGUCAAAUAUGUGUCCACUUUAAGUAAGUCUCUUUGCUUCAACUUUAUACGCUGUGAUCAGGUAAAUACGGUGUAGCCAUACUGUUUUAUGAUAUAGUAACACAACAAAAAACCAAGUGUUGAUUUAACAACAAUCAUUGAAGCAUUCAAUUAUAUUUCCCUCUUAAAAGAUAUUAUGAUGAAUCAGUGGUGAUCUUCACAACUUUGCCCACAUUUAUGAGAAUUCAGGAUAAGUUUCAGUGGGGUUGCUCCAGAACCAUAAUGUUCCUUGCAUCAAUCAGCUAGUCAGUGUACCAAGUGAAAGUUCUAACAUCAUUUGUAAUAAAAACAGAGUUGUCUUUCCUUAGGUUGUCAUUUAUUCUAUCUUGGCAAGACAAAGUAAAACAAGAAUAAAAUCAUUUUAAGUGUCCUUAAAUAUAUAGUUAUUACUUUGAUAACAAGGAUGUUUUUCUUUCUCUUUUUCAGUAAUAUAUUAAGAAAAAAAAUGUUCAAUUUUUAAAAAGGAAUAAAUAACUGUUACCAAAAAAUAGAAAGAAAAACAUAGUCAAAUCUCUUUCCAGAUUUCUGACAGUUUACCUCUUGUCUGACACAAACUGGUACACAGGCCCUGUGAGCCUUUUGAGCAUGAAGUUCUAACUACAAGUGGUCUAGGAAUCUUUCUAUUAUUGUUGGCUGUUGGAUCUAAAUCAUUUUAUUAGUAUGAAAGCCUCAUAUUAGCUUACUUAGUAAAGUUACAGGUCAUUGUGUUAUCGUUUAUAAACCGCCUGGUUUCUGUGCACAUCUCAACAACAGUUGUUGGGGAUUAGACAGACUAAUGUUACACUGAAAAGUUUCUCUGACAACUGAUAGCAGGUUCCUGAAGGAAGAUAUACUGUAUUAGUUGUGUCUGCUGCCAUAUCAACAUUCAAGUGCUCAGUGGUUUUAUUUAUUUAAAGAUGAUGUGUUAUUUUAGAGAAAAGAAUAUUAUGUAUCAAAUAUGUAUAAAAUAAAUGUAUCAUUAUCAAC